AUGAUCAGGGGUCGUUUCGUUCGACGGCAUGGAAAAUACAUCCGGAAACAACCAGAAACCACAUUUGGUUCACAAGAAACUUUGCAUUCGGGCAAAGCAAACAGCCUUAAUUCUAUGCUGUCCGCCGUUGGGUACAACCGUGCUUUUCUGUCCUUCAUGGAACUCCCCAUGCGCAAGGAGAUGGCUUCUCAGGAUACCCCCGUCAAAACAAAGAUAGCAAAUGCUCCAUCACCACAUUCACCCAUAAAGCCGACUGAGAAAACUAAUGCGCAUUUGCUUAUCACGUUGCUGGGAACAUCUGAUUCAUUUUCAGUAGCUUAUGCUCCCAUCUUUUAUUCUUUCACAUUUGAUUCAUUCCCGGUGGCUUGGGAGUCUUAA